AUGGACAAGACUCAUCUUUCAAGCCCUAACGACAUAAUAAUGACAAACUCAACAGGAUCUUAUCAACAAGAGCCUCUCACUCCUCCCAGGCCCGCCCAUCUUCACUCCUCAUCCUCCUCCUUAUCCUCACCCUCUCCUUCCUCUUCCUCCUCGCCGCUCAAACCCAACCAGGUUGGUCAGGUCAUCCUAUACGGCGUUCCCAUUGUAUCACUAGUUAUUGAUAACAUUGAGAGACUCUGCUUGGCACAAAUUUCCAACACACUCCUGAAAAACUACAGUUACAAUGAGAUUCAUAAUCGACGUGUGGCACUGGGCAUCACCUGUGUCCAGUGCACUCCGGUUCAGCUGGAGAUCCUCCGCAGGGCCGGCGCCAUGCCCAUCUCGUCUCGCCGCUGUGGCAUGAUCACAAAGCGUGAAGCCGAGCGCCUGUGCAAGUCCUUCCUGGGAGAAAACUUGCCUCCAAAGCUGCCCGACAACUUUGCCUUUGACGUGACACACGAGUGUGCCUGGGGUUGCCGUGGUAACUUCAUACCAGCGCGCUACAACAGCUCCAGAGCCAAAUGCAUCAAGUGCUCUUUAUGCAACAUGUACUUCUCCCCAAAUAAGUUUAUCUUCCAUUCCCACCGCACACCAGAUGCCAAGUACACUCAGCCUGAUGCUGCCAACUUCAACUCCUGGCGACGGCACCUCAAACUGUCUGACAAGCACCCACAAGACGAGUUAGUCUACGCAUGGGAAGACGUCAAAGCUAUGUUCAACGGAGGAAGUCGAAAGAGAGCGCUGCCCUCCUCAAGUCAUUGCUCAUCCAUGGGUCCUAUGAAGACCCUCCCAGGUACAGUUGUGCCUCACAUGAUGGGACCUGACUUGGGCGCUCAGAAAAGAGGUCGCUUUGAGGACGAGGACGAUCUGGAUGGAGAGAGUCUGUCUCCCCGCAAAACGCCAUGCAACUACCCCGUCAUCCCAGUCCCGAGCAAAGGCUUCAGCAUGUUGCAGAAGUUUCCCACCACCUCACUCUUUCCUUCUCCAUAUCCAUUCCCGGGGUUUGGUCUCUGCCAGCAGAAAAAAGAGGACAGUGAUGUUUCAACUGUGCAGAAAGGAACAGGACUGUCAGGUUUCUUAUGGCCUGGUCGUAAAGACACUUUUUAUCCUCCUUUUUGCAUGUUUUGGCCUCCAAGAGCAGCAGGGGGGAUUCCCGUCCCCACUUAUCUCCAGCCUCAGCCCAGCACCCUCACCUCUCUGACAGAAAACUCAUCUCUCAGGCAGGCCUUUCUGGAUCUCUCAGACCCCAGUGAUGCUGGGACAGUGAGCGGCAGUGGAAAUGGAGUUGGCACGACUAUAACCCCAAGCAAUGGGACCACUACACCAAGAUCAGGGUUGUUUGACCCAGAAUGCGCAACAAGAACCGCUGAUCUUCGCCCCGUGACAUCAGAGGGAUGGCUCAAGCUGUUGGACAACACAGCUCUCCAAACAAGGAAGCCGAGCUAUGGCUCUGCCUUCCGUCCAGUCAUCAAAGACGCAGAGAGCAUUGCCAAGCUACACGGCAACAGCGGAGGAGUCGUUGGGGCAACAGAUGAGGACUUCGGAGUUGUGGUCACCGGGUCAGACCGACACCAGCGACUGUCACCCACCAGCAGUUGUAGUUACGGAAGCGACGGCGAAGCUGGAGAGGAAAGCGAAGAGGAGGGGGAAGUGGACGUGGAGUCUUCAAAGCAGGAGGACGAGGAGGAGGAGGGGACUUUCACAAGCAGACCCCCACAGACUCCGAACAACCUGUACCACCCUGCCCUGAGCGAUAGCACCGGAGAGCAGAGGGGGAAGGACAGAGGGAGCAGCGCAGUGUAUCCCAGCACUUCUCCAGGAUCCUCCUCGAACCCCAUGCAGGACUCCCCCAGCCUACCUGCCUCUCCACGUGCCAGCUUACCGCUCUCCAGCUCCACCCCGCCUCACCGAGAGGACGCAGCUUAUAAAAACGUUCAGAAAAACCGAGAUGAAGGACUACCGGCGUACGCAACCAAAGACAAUUCCAGCAUUUCAGAAGAAAACAAAGAGCAGAGAAGUUUCUUUGUGCCUGAGAGCGAGACUUCUUCCCCAAACUAUUGGAGAGAGUGCUCAGGUGACCAGAGCCGAAGUGCUUCCUCUCCUGUGGCGCUUAAGAAGGAUGUCGAGAACAUGGAGAAAGAAGAGCUCCAGAAGGUUCUUUUAGAGCAGAUUGACUUCAGGAGAAGACUGGAGCAAGAGUUUCAUGCCCUGAAAGGCACUUCACCAUUCCCAGUGUUUCAUAAUUUUCAAGAUCAGAUGAAACGGGAGCUCGCCUACAGGGAAGAAAUGGUCCAGCAGUUACAGAUGAUUCCCUACGCAAACAUCAUCAGAAAAGAAAAGAUCAGCUCUCAUCUCAGCAAGUAGCCAAAAAGUGAAUCCAAAGAGGAAGGAAGCUGCUUGAACUUUUGCUGAACGUCACAAAUUCUCUUUAUUGAAGUGAGAUAAAACCCACCGG